AUGGACGAAGUCAAAGUGACGAUGAGUCAAGUGUUAGAGAAGUUAAAUAUGCUUGAACAGCUUAACAAACCGCCAUCUCUGACUGAGGAAAUGUUGAAGACACCAAGGGAAGACAUUUUGAUUGCAGGUGGUAACAUUUCUGAUGGUAAAAGUGUGGAAAUAUUUUCCUGGGAGAAGAAUCGUUGGUUUGAGGUGUCACCAAUGAACGAACAGCAUCGGUGUGCUUCAUCAUUCAAUUAUAAUGAUCAGUUGUUUAUUGUUGGGGGACAAAAGAUUAAGACAAUAUCUACCUUGGAUCUCAACAAAUUGCCUUUGAAAUGGAUGAAAUAUCCUGGAGAACUUCCUUAUAUGAGUAAUGGUGAUCAAACCGUUGUUUACCAACAUCGUAUCAUUCACAUUGGUGGAUUUAAUCGUGACCAAAGAAGACGGUCUGACAUGAUCAGUGAAUUGGAAUUAAAUACCUCACCUGUCACUAUGAAAAAGUUGUGCCGAAUGCCUGAACCACGAGAUUCACAUGGUGCUGAGAUUGUUCAAGACAAAGUCAUGAUUUUUGGAGGAGAAAAUUGUCACACAGGUCCCCUAAAUAGUGUGUUGGAGUUCAACAUAAAGAAGAACAAAUGUAAGGAGAUGCCACCAUUACCUCAUCCCUUGACGAAUAUGACAACAGUAUGCUGGAGAGAUCAAGUAGUUGUUCUUGGAGGUAAUCAGACUCUUAAUUAUCGAGCUGUGAAUGAUGCUUUCACGUAUGACUGCAAGACGGGCAAGGUCACAGCUAUACCAUCCAUGUUGGAAAAGAGAUUUGGACAUUCUGCUGUUAUUACUGGAAACACCAUUGUCGUCAUGGGAGGUGCGAAUGAGGAAUGUGAAGAAAAUCUCAGUUCAGUGGAGUUUUUCACCAUGGGAGGCUCUACAUGGGAGUAUCUUCCUGCCAUGAAUAAAACUAGGAUCAAAGCAGUUGCUCAAAUUUUACCUUCCACAAGAAAGUAUGUGUAA